AUGGCGCCCAACUUCGAAGAAGCCCCCGGAUCGUCGAAGCGUCUCAAGGAGGAGAUCCUGUAUCGGUUCCACUCCAAGGAAGGCCAUGAGUUCACCAUGGAAAAAGCGGCCGCCGAGCUUUCUGGUGUCGUCAAGCAGAUCUCGCAGGAUUUGGGCAUCGAUGAUGACGAGUCAAUCCGGAAUAUGAAGCCGAUCCCGCUGAUCAACGUCUCCAGCGAGGCCUUCCAUUACGUCGUAAAGUGGUGCGAACAGCACAAGACGAUGCCGCCAUGGGAGCAGGACAAGUGGUGGCUGAACGAGCGCGACGAAGAGAUGAAGAAAUGGGAGAACGAAUUUUUGGGGGGCCUCACUUCCGAGCAGCUCUUCGACGCUGCCAACUACAUGGACAUCAAGUGCCUCCUCGACAAAUGUGCCGAGACUGUUGCCGGGAUGAUCAAGGGGAAAUCGGUGGAGGAGAUCCGUGAGAUCUGGGAGCUGGAGAACGACUUCACACCGGAAGAGGAGGAAGCCAUGAAG